GGGUUUGAAUGUUUUAGGGAUGAAUGUUCUUGCCACCCGGUUAGGUAUUUUGCGAUUCUCUCGAUGCAGAGAUCUGGUAGUGGCUGGUUUGAGACUUUACUUAACAAUCAUACUAAUAUAAGCUCAAAUGGAGAGAUCUUUUCGGUGAAAGAUAGGAGGGCUAAUGUUUCCACCAUUUUUGAGACCCUUGACAAAGUCUAUAAUCUUGACUGGUUGAGUAGUGCCUCUAAGAAUGAGUGCACUUCCGCUGUUGGCUUCAAAUGGAUGCUUAAUCAGGGUCUAAUGAAACAUCAUGAAGAGAUAGUAGAAUACUUCAAAACCCGAGGCGUGUCUGCGAUUUUCCUAUUCAGGAAAAACCUACUGCGCCGAAUGAUAUCAGUACUCGCAAACUCUUACGAUAGAGAUGCUAAACUGUUAAACGGGACUCACAAGUCUCACACCCAUUCGGCCAAAGAAGCUGAGAUAUUGGCGGGUUACAAGCCAAUGAUCAACACAACACUUUUAAUAACCGAGCUGAAGCAGAUUCAAGAAAUGACUUCAAAAGCAUUGACUUACUUUAACACCACUCGACACAUCCUCGUCUACUACGAAGAUGUCGUCAAGAACCUCACGAGACUAGACGAUGUACAGGAGUUUCUAAAGGUCCCAAAACGUAAGUUAAAGAGUCGGCAAGUGAAGAUUCAUGGAGGUACAUUGUCACAACAUGUACAGAAUUGGGAAGAGAUUCAGACUACACUAAAAGGAACCAGUUUCGAAAAUUUCUUACUCCAAGAACACCGCAAAUGAUUUUUAAGUUUUGUAUAUAUUAUCAAAACAAAACCUUGUAGGAAAAUUUUGUUGUUUCUCUUUCUCUUUUUU